AUGGACACGGCAUACCCCCGCGAAGACCCCCGGGCCCUGGCGCCCCGCAAGGCCGAGGGCGCCACCCACACAGCCCUCACGCUGGAGGCGCCGCGCCCCCAGCUGCCACGCGACCACAUGAUCUGGUCGGUCUUCAGCACCCUCUACCUGAACUUGUGCUGCUUCGGCUUCCUGGCGCUGGCUCACUCCAUCAAGGCCCGAGACCAGAAGGUGGCAGGGGACCUGGAGGCAGCCCGACGUCUUGGCUCCAGAGCCAAGUGUUACAACAUCCUGGCUGCUAUGUGGACGCUGGUGCCGCCACUCCUGCUGCUGGCCCUGGUGGUGACUGGUGCCCUGCACCUGUCGCGGCUGGCCAAGGGCUCCGCUGCCUUCUUCAGCACCAAGUUUGAUGACGCAGACUAUGACUGACCCCUCUGGACUGGGGGCCCUGCCCCAGGACACUGACCCCACUGUGACCCAUCUCUGGAACCCUGAUCAGGGGCCCCAGGUGCUACCCUUGGACAUCCCAGCCCCAAUCUGGGCUCCUAACUCUGAAGAACCCCCAUUUGGACCCCAGAGCCUCAUACUAACCUCAAGGGCCCAUCCUGGGCCUCUAAGUCUGCCCCCAGCCUUGGCUUCCCUUCCCCCUUCCACCACCCCAGGCUCAGGCUUGGGUUCAGAAUUAAAAGCCUUGGUCCCAGAAGUGCCUCCUGCGCCUCAUUCCUGGUUGUGGGGGAGGGGUGCCACAGCGCUGUCCUCUGAGGCCCCACAUCUCCCCUGCACUCUGGCGAUGGGUGGCCCUGUGGCUUCUGGGGCGGAGGUGCUGAGUAUUUUAGAAGGAACUUUGGGAGCUCAGGCUUUGAUCACCCGGCUGCCCCAAGGGCUGUGGUUUAGUGGUGUACAUUCCAGAACGUGUGGGGGUGGGGCUCCCUGAUCACACACGUGCCUCACUCUCCUCUGUGCAUGCAUGUGCGCACUCACACUCACAUAUGUGCACAUGCAUGUGCACUCUGCGUGCCCCUCUCGGUGGGUUGGGUGUGUGCAGGCCUCCUUCAUGGCCCACUCUGUCCCUGUGUCCCUUCAAUUCUGAGAAAGCUCAGUCACUGAGGGUGACUGGGAGGGCGGGGCAGGGCCUUCCCCACUGCUGGGCACACACACGCAGACACACAUGCAUGUACACACACCACCCACAUCAUUCCACAGGCUGCUGUGCGCAGGCAUGCGUUCUGCCCCAGUCUCUCUGCCUCUUUGUCUCUGUCUCUGUUUCUACCACUUCUGUCCCUUUGUCUCUCUAUUUCUCUGUCUCUGUCUUUGUGUUUCACGUUCUGUCUCUGUCUGUCUUUCUCAGACAUGCACAGAGAAGCAGACAUGGACAAAGUGGUGGGGGGAGGCAUUUCUGAGCAUCCACGGUGCCGGGUGCAAGUCCUCCCUUGUGCCCCAGGCCCCCCUCAACUGGCAGAGCCUGGCAGAGAGAGGCUUCCAAGCAUGCCUACGCCCUAUGUGGCUGGUGAGGCCUUGGCUGCUCUGACCAAUGACAGGGUGGGGCUCACUGCAGGGGCCUUAACUGCAGGGCAGCUGGGGCUUUGGGCACCCCACCCAGGGCCCCUUCCCUCAGA